AUGGAGGGAGCUCAAGAUCCUCAAAACGCAAUUAUACUCAAACAAUUUGAAGAGGCUUGUUCUGACUUUCAGAUUCCUGCUACAAGAGCACCUGCAGAACAAGUCCUGACUCAGUUCCGUCAAAUACCUAAAGUUUUGCCUAUCUGUCAAUACAUUUUAGAGCAUGCUUCUAAUUCGAUGGUUCAAUUUCAAGUCGCUUUGGCCACAAGCGAAGUUAUUGUACGAGACUAUACGCUUUAUGACAAGAAUGAAUUACUUUUGCUUAGAAAUUUCUUAAUGGAAUUUUGUCUUCAAAGAGAAGAUUUGACCAAGUUUGUCCGUGUACAACUUGUCUUGGCUGCUGCUUUGAUUACAAAACGUAGCUUGUUUGAUGUAUCAAAUCAAGACAGAGAAUCUAUUUUACAUCACAUCAGUCAAUUGUUGCAAAUGGACAAUGAUCAUUCUCAAGUACUUGGGCUAUCACUCGCCAAUGCACUUGUAGAUCAGUUUUCAAACACUAAAUCAACGACUAUUGGAUUGACUUGGGAGCACCAUCACAACUGUAAAAUAUUUUUUGAAAACAAUAUCUUAUUGCCUUUGUUUGAACAAGCGAUCACUAAACUUCAUGGAUUUGUGUCCAACUGUCAACAAUUGCCUACUGAUAUUCCUGCUGUUUUAACAGAAAUGAUUAUGUUGUUGGAAAAGAUUUUGCAUUGGGAAUUUGUAAGUACGAGCUUGACACCUACUUUACCAGGCACAUUUGCAAAAGAGGUAGAUUUGGAUGACUUUGAUCGUGAAGAUGGCCCUUCUUCUGUCAAAAAGACCUAUGUGAUCUUCCCAAAGCAAUGGCAACCUGUGGUUGGUAACAGUGAAGUCUUGUGGCUAUUCUUUAUGACUUAUAGCCUUGUUCAAGACGAAGAUGCUUUAGGACAUCGUUGUAGACAAUGUUUGAUCCAACUUGCAGGAUUUCAACAAGAUUUCUUCAACAACAAUUCAGAACUCAUCAAAUCUUAUGCAACUACCCUGAUUCAUGGUAUUCGUAAAAUGAUUGCAGACAUUACAGCCUUUGGGACAAGUCCUGAUGCACUCAGUGAACAGGGACCACAAAUGCUCGGCACUAUACAAAUGAUUCGUCGACUCUUGGAAAAUGUUUCUCUUGUCAUUCUUUGUACUAUUCCUGAUUUUUUCCAAUUCUUGAAUGAAGUAGGCAUGAUCACUGUCAGUUGCUUAGGUGGGACUGUAACAGAUGUAGAUGAAGGCUGGAUUAGUGAAGCAUCGGAUAUUGUUCAACCUUCUGACCCUCGAGGCAAUGAUCCUAAAACAGGACUUUUGCCUGACCAAGCACAACACUUGACUCAAUAUAUGACAACUGUCGCUUAUCAAAUUGUAGAGACUUACAUGACAACACGCCUUGAACGAGCCAAACAAGUACUGGAAGAAGAAGACGAAGAAGAGGACGAGAUUGAUGCAGGAUUUAAAGACUGGGAUACAUUUGCAGACCAGUUGACCUGUAUUGGUACACUAGGCCGACUAAACCCUCAACCUUGUCUUGUACGUCUUCACCAAUUACUUGCUGAACGCUUUGAGUCAUUCAAGGGAUUCUUUAAUGGUCAGUCACAAGAUGGACUUGUGUUGUUGCAUGAACAGCUUCACUGGAUUAUUUUGAUUGCAGCUCACAUCUUGGCAGAUUCCGGUAAAGGAGAACAACCCAUGAUUCCUGAUAUUUUAAUGCAACUUUCUGGCUCUCAGCCUUCUCUUGAGCAAGAUCCUGUUGUCAAUCUAUCACAGCUCUUUUUAGAAUUAUUUCGAUUCAGUUCAAGCUUUGGUUCAAACACAGUGGAAGCAUCCAACUGCAGUCCUCGUGUAGCAGAAACAUUGAUUUGGUAUAUGGAAAGGUGGAGCAAGUCUUAUGUCUUGGUGGAUGAAAAUGAGUAUGGAUAUAUGAGUCCUCAUAUUGCAAAGGUUUUUGGCAGACCAGGACCUUCUGAUGGUCAAGGUUUGCUUGUCAUUGGCUUCUUUAUUGAUCAAAUGAAGACCAAUUUUAUUCUUUGGAAUGCUGAUCCUGAUGUAUUAAAUCAACUUGUAAAAUGGCUUCAUUCAUGCGGUACAUGUAAUAAUUUAAAGCAAGGCUUAUUACAAUCAGCCCAUUUCCCUGAACUUGUUCAGUUUGUCACACAAAACCUAGAACAAUUACCUGAAGUAGUUCACAAUUCUCUUGUCCAAACAAUUGCUACUAUUUCAAGCUUUGCUCCUGAUGAUACAACACGCAAUAAUUAUUUCGGCUUGAUGUUCAACAUGAUUGAAGAUCGUCUAGGUCUUUUGCUUCAUCGCCCUGAUUUUCAACAAGUAUACCAACGAGGCGAAAUGAUCAACCAUGUCAUCAACGCACUCGAAAUGUUUGAUGGUCUAGCUCUUGCUUGUCAAUACAGCAACACACAAACUAUUUUUCAGUUCUGCUCUAGAUUCCUUGAGAGUUUUGUGCAACUCAUGACACUAUACAAGACGGUACCUGAAGUUCAAUUGGCUAUCUUGCAGUUGUUUGCAGACUUGUGUAAUCGUUUAGACUUUGGGUCAUUAAGUUCUGAAGACAAACAACUGUUGUUCCACACGAUUAUUGAGAUUGUCAAGGUAUUUGGUGCUGCUAAUCAAGGCAAGAAAAGAAUGCAUACACAAGAAGAAGAAGAAGAUAGGCCUUAUGCUGACAUUUCAACUGUCUUGGUGAUGUUGUCCAACAUCAUGGCUUCUGGAAAUGAAGACUUUAACCGCAAACAAAACGACCGUUCGAAUGUUGCUGAUGUUGUCUUGUUUAGUACUAAUAUUGUGAUUCCUUUGAUUGAUAUGGAAAUGUUAAAGAUUCCUAGUCUAUGCCAGCAAUAUAUUCAAUUGAUAUCACACCUGAUUGAAAUCUUUCCAGAAAAGCUAUCAGGUCUUCCUACUCCCCUUUUCAAUAAUCUAAUGGCCAGUUUAGAAUACGGUAUUCGACAUGAUAUUCCUGAUGUCAAUAUCUUGACUUUGCGCGCUAUCACACCAUUGACUAUUUGGGUCUAUCAGCAUCAGCAACAAGAAUUCAUCAAAGAAAAUUUACAGAAAUUCCUGCAAGAAUUGCUGAAUUGUUUACUUUUCCAACAUUUGGAUACAAACACAGUGGAGGCUGCUUCUGAUGCUUUACUUGCCCUCAUUUGUGUUCAAAGAAAUGUGUAUAUGGCAUUGGCAAAUCAAAUUAUUGGACAGCAAUCAAAUGAAAUUCAACAACGUUUAUUAAUUGCUUUUCAAAAAUUAGACCAAGCAACUCCAGCUGAACCAAAUAGAAAUGUACCUGAGUUUAAAGAAGCGCUUCUUGCUUUCCUUAUGAACGUAAGAGCCGUUUUAAGAGUGAAAUAA